UUAUUUGCAUACUUCCAAAUUCCAACCGUCUGUCCCUUCUUCAAGCUCGAUCUCCCCUUUUUUUUUUACUUUUUUACAUUCAAAUACUCGUAUCACAGAAUUUAUUGCUUUAAUGUCACCUCCCUGAACCUGAAAUAAAGCAGACAACCCAAUCACAUCCUCUCUCUCUCUCUCUGCAAUGGAACCCAAAUCCCCAUUUCUUCUUAUCCUACUCCUACUGCUCUUAUCCUCCACCGUCACCAUCUCCUCCUCUCUCCCCCGCAACUCAACCUCAUCACCACCACCGGAAACCCCUCCAAUCAAACCACCCUCACCUUCAGCUCCGGCAACAAGACCCACAAAACCUUCACCUUUGCCUUCAGCACCAGCCACAACACCUACAAAAUCUUCGCCCUCACCUCCAGCUCCAGCUACAAAACCUUCUUCACCUUCAUCUCCAGCUCCAGCUACAACACCUGCAAAACCUUUGCCCUCAUCUCCAGCUCCAGCUAAAGCACCCACCAAACCUUCACCCACCUCUCCAGCUCCAGCUGCAACACCUACAGAAGAGCCUUCUCCCUCAUCUCCAGCUCCAGCUACAACUCCUACAAAGCCUUCACCCCCAUCCUCCUCAUCAACCCUUGAUCCCAAACAGCUCACUGCCCUCCAAUCCCUCAACAUCCCCACCGCCAAAGACCCCUGCAUUCAACCUUCCCUCCACAAUGCUACUGUCUGUGACUCCAGCAGGCCCUUCCGCCACCUCGUCACUCUCCGCCUUGUCAACUGCUCCGACGACGUCGAGAUGUCCAUCACCGCCUUAAAAUCUUUAAGUACAUUGCAAGAUCUCGAGUUCCUCAACUGCCAUAUCCCUCCGGUUCACUUCCCCGUCGAGCUCAUCGCCAAUCUCCGCUCAUUCUCCUGCAUCAACAGUCUGCAUAAAUUGUCGGGCGUUUUCCUCGGCCGCUUACAGAACCUCGUGGAUCUAACUGUCUCAGACGUGACAAUUAGCGCCAGUGGACCGUUGAUCAUACUCAGGAACUUGAAGAAGCUCAGCUCAGUAACGAUUUCAAACACCAAUCUUACUGGUUUUCUCCCCAAAAGAUGGCAUUCGAACUAUACCCACAUAGAUAUUUCCGGUAAUCGACUCAAAGGGAAGGUGCCCAGUUCGCUGACACUUCUGGCCGACCUUGAGUUCUUGAAUCUUUCUUCAAAUGCACUUACUGGUGAGCUACCCACUUCGCUGGGAGAUCUGAUGUCACUCAGAAAUGUGUCGUUUGCCUCCAAUUCCUUGUCAGGUCCGAUACCCGAAUCAAUGUCGGAGAUUCCAGGUUUGGUUCACCUCGAUUUGAGCUCGAAUCAGUUCAAUGGGACCAUUCCGAAGUUCCUCUCGGAGAUGAAGCAUCUGAAGUAUCUCAAUCUCGAAAACAAUAACUUCCGGGGGGUCAUGCCCUUCAAUGGGUCCUUCAUAAAGAGAUUGGUCGUGUUCAAAGUAGGUGGAAAUAGCAAUCUCUGUUACAACCACUCAAUUAUUUCGUCAAAGCUGAAGCUUGGAAUUGCACGCUGCGAUAAAGAUGGGCUGCCCGUAUCGCCCCCGGCUGAGCGGUCAUCGAGUUCAGACGAUAGCAGCAGUGACAGCGAAGAUGAUAGUUCAGAUAGUAGCGAUAAGGGCAAGAAUGAUCAUCACCAUGGACCGAGUAAGGUUGUGCUUGGAGUGGCAAUUGGGCUUUCAUCCAUAGUUUUUCUAAUUGUUUUCUUGGUCCUCCUCUCAAAAAGGUGUGGGUGAGAGAAAGUACAGAUUCAUGUUUCUUCUUCUUCUUCUUUUCAGAAAGUAGAGAUUGAUUUAGAUCACCAAAGAGAAAAUUAGGAAUCAUGUUCAUAAGUUGGUUUAAUUUAAUUUGGUAUAAAUUAAAGCAUCAUAAAGGGUAGAUGCAGAGGGAAAAAGGAAAAGGUGAGUAAUCAUCAAAGGGGUGUUAUUCUUAUGUAUCUUUUUUUUUUCUCUUUUAUUUUUUCAUUCUAUUACAGCUGGCAAAGAGAGCUCUGGUUUCCCUUUUCUGUGAUGAGAAAAGGACUCAAAGGAGAUUGUUUUUGAGCAUAUUACUGCAUUUUAGUUUCUGUGUUAUGUUGCUUGUAAGGAGGUGUUUAGAAGAGUGGUUGAUGUUUCUUUAGAGGAGCUUUAUUGCUGUUUAUCCUGACUGAAAUGGACAUUCUUCUUUGAUUUUUCUUUUUUUUUUUUAA